UCCCCUUCUUAGCCGGGCGUCUUGUAUCCCUAAUUCGUUCGAGAUCGAGAUGUUCUCGAUCACUAGCAUCGCGGCUACGAACUGAGUCGGGUAUAUUUUAAUUAAUUUGCUUCUCUCGUCAUGUGUCGCCAUCGUUAUUGAUUUUCGCGUCUGGUGAUUUUAUUCUUUUGCAAAAUUCAAAAUCAGUUAUACCGUGUCCGGUGUCUUUGGUGAUUUUAUUCUUUUGCAAAAUUCAAUAUCUUUUCUACCGUGUGCGGUGUCGUUGGUGAUUUAUUUUUCCCUUUCACGAUCAACGUAUUCGCAAUAACAAUCGGUGGAGAAUGGAAGAAAGAACUCGAUGCGCGGUAGUGCGACGGACCGCGAAGUAUAGAAUAAAGGAAGUCGGUCUCUUUCAGUUAUUCAAAAUGGACGAUUUGAACUGUGAAGCGGUAGCCGCGGAUUGGCUUCAUAUAUACAAAGCUGAACCAGAAAAUGCCUUCCUCAUCCUUAAGCAAUUUUUUUUCGAGACGAGUGGGUGCAACGUACUCCUUACACCGGAGAUGAAGAGUUCCGCGGAUUAUAUGAAUCUGAUUCGUGAAGCGGCCAAGCUCUAUGACAAGGGCAGUCACGAAUAUCCAUUGACCUUGCCUGGACAGCAAUGGCUUACGUUACGAGUAAAAAUUCAUGAUUUUAUUGAGAGUCUGAUUGGCCAAAGCCAAUAUUCUGUAUUAUAUGAUCGAUUUCUCAUUACCAACAUUAUUUCUUUGCUCAAUCUGUUGGUAGCGUCCAAAAUUAGAGCUUUCAGACACACUGCAAGCUUUAUUGGAAUGAAGAUCGUAUGUGCCAUUGGACACAUCAGUGUAGCUGUAUCAAAAAAUCUCGAGGCAACGGUCAUACGUCAGCGUCGAGUCAUCAAAUUACAGAACAGUGGAACAAGUCGAGCGAUUAGCAAAAUCGAAGCAGUAACAGCGGAAAGAAAGGAACUUGAAGAUAAUAUGGCUGAGAUUAAGAAAUUGGUGUCAUACGCAUUUGGUGCGGUGCUUGCUCAUUGUUACGAAGAUAAAUCUGUCGAGAUUCGAUUACUUUGUGUUACGGAAGUUUCCGAGGUGUUAACCAUUUAUCCCGACCUAUUUACGGAGGACAAGUUUUUGAUAUACCUAGGAGUCUCGCUUGCGGAUCCAAUCCUGAAUAUUCAAAAACCAGCUUUCCGAACCCUGACCUAUUUGUAUUCCAUGGAUAAAUAUGCUGAAAAACUGUGGAACUUUACAAAAUCGUUUAGGCAUCUAAUUAUCUCAUUGACGAGGAGCGAAAAUAUCGACGUGGUGACCGACGCGCUAAUUCUUCUUAAAUAUAUGUUGGAACGUCACAGAGAUCUUUUUCAAGAUAUUUGUCUCAAUCGCAUUUUUUCAUUCGUUUACUCAUUGAAUAGAAAUGUGGCCCAAAUUGCCGGAGCAUGCAUCAGCGAACGAGUAGCAUUGUUGGACGAAGACGCGGACGGAGGUGUCAGCAGAAACACACCCCGGCUCCGGGAGGUCGCCAAGUUUUACCUCGAGUAUUCCAAGAACCCCGACCAUUGCCCGUAUAUAGUCGACGCCUUAAUCGGGAGUGGCGAAAUGAUUAAAGACUGGGACGGCAUGACCGAUUUGUUGCUCGAUAAACCAAGAUUCGACGCAGACGCGCUCAACGAUACAGAAAAGGGAGCACUGAUCGAGUUGAUGGUUUAUGCCGUAAUACAAAGCGCCACAGGUCAAGGACCAAUCGGCAGGGGUCCAAUCCCUACGGAAAUGCAUACACCAGAAGAGCUUCAAGCAAACAGGGCAGAAAUUACGGAACACUUUAUUCGAACUUUACCUGAGCUCUUGGAGUUGUACAAGGAUAACUCGCUUGUAUUGACAUAUUUGCUCGUAAUUCCCCAGUACUUUGAUCUCGACGUAUGCGCUAAACAGAUACAUCUGUAUCACGUUGAUUCGCUUUUGCGAAAGCUUCACUACAUCGUUGAGAGAAUAAAUACCUGGAGAGUUUUGGACGCAGCGGCCAGAGCUCUGAAACAUUUGUGCAGUGAUCCUCACGCAAUAUAUGCUCGCGCCGACCUAACCCGCACAGUAAUGAUUGACGAGACAGUGGCAACGUUUAACAAUUGUAUGGGAAAAUACAGAUUAGCGGUACAGGAAAUGAAGGAUGAUGAAACUAGCACCUACGCUGAUGAUGUGGACAUUAGAAAUGUCACGAGAAAAAUUUCGAUAUUCUACCACAGUCAUAAUAUGACCCCAUGGCGACUUUGGGAUUUGUCGUUCAAAAUUAUCCCAGAAACAAUGAGGAAUCCAAAAAGGCCUUUUCCGCACGAAGCACUUAAAUAUUGUAUGAAUAUUUGCUCCAGCGCACUAUUGUGGGGAUUAAUAGACUUCGCACGUGAGGAGGACUUGGAAAAAGAAGGUGUGAAAGAAAAGUUCCACCUUUUCAGGAAGCGCUUACACCGAUUCGUGGAUCAUAUGUGUCGUUUGAUCAAGGGCGCCCGUGAAAACGCAGUGCUCGCAUCACCGAUUCUGAGAGAAGAAGCUCAUAAUUCGCUUUGCAAGGUGUUAUACAUGUUUUCCUUCAAAUUAAGGUCGUACGGUAACCCUUUCCUGAAUAAUAUGAUUUAUGUAGCCUACCGGGACUACAUGAUGAACUUGUUGAGUAAAUAUGUACACGAGUAUAUUCUCGGCGAUCUGUUACAUGAUCAGAAUGACCCACGCUAUAAGUUCGACAGAUUACGUGAUAAAAGAAGGGUCCUGGAAUUUUACUGCAAACUGAUGUAUCGUCACACGACGUCCUUGAAACGACCUCGUAACGAUUUUAUACGUAGCCUAGAUUUCUUUGAAGAUUAUUGUAACGAGAUAAAACCUGCCCUCAUCUCGCAAGGGAGUCGAGUGAAUGCAGUAGACUGCAGUCUACUGAUGCAGUACUCUUUAUACCGUUUGUACAAUGAAUUAAUUGCAGAACGAGGAUAUAUAUGCACAGGGAGCAAAGAAUUCAUCGCUAUAAAGGGAUUAGCCAAACGGAUCACGUCGCCUUUUAGCUUAAAUUUAUUGAUGCAACGCAAUGCAAUCUUAACUUUUCACAAAGCUGGAGUUUUAUUGGCCUUAACGACUCCGGACGAAUGGCAUUUGGAAUCGUUUGGACGUCCUCGCAGUCUGCCUUUAUUAGAAAUAUUAUGUGGGUUUACAGAUGCCCUUGUGGAUGCAGACAAAAUGUAUAUGCUCAAGUAUGUUGAGAAGCGGUUUAGCGAUGCGUUGUUGAUACCAACGAUUGAUACGGAUUUGGAAGAGUAUUGCGAACCGUAUAUAUUGUACAAAAACAGUUUGAAGCGUAGAAUUCUUCACGAUGAACCAGUCGCAAGUGGAUCGGGUGUAAUGGAAUCACCAUUAUAAGUUAUGUUACUGGCAAGUGUUGAGAAAUUUCUCGGUAUAUUUGUUUAAUUUUACAUAAUUAUGAUUCAUAUCUAUACUAACGAUAAGCAACAAGUCUAUUGUGACUUUGGAAUUUUUUCACAUCCCGAUAAUUUAGUGUGUUAAUUAACGUUACUAUCGUGUUUUCACAAGAAGAGUCAACGCCACGAGGCUUUCAGACGAGCGUUAUUUUUUAAUCGUAUACUAAUUAUGUGUUGUUUUAGAAAAUAUUUACCGAUUUUCUCGUUUUAUUCUUCAUACGAAUGUUAUUUUUUAUACGAAUAAGUAACAGAAGUAUACAACUUAUAAUCUAUACACUUUGUGCAGUUUCACAUUGUCAAAGGAACUUUAAAACUAUUGGUAACAUGAUUAUCUUUGAAAGCAUUGACAGCCGAUGAAUCGGAUUUUAUCAAAAGAAGAACUGCUCAACGUCAUAACAAGCCAGUGGAAUUAGUUGGUAUAUGAAAUCUGAUAAUGGAGUUAUUUUUUAUUCGCCCUUGUUUUCAUGUCAACGAAUGUAAUCUUAAUUGUAAUUAAAUUGUACGCGUAAGAUAUAUAUAUGUAUAAGUCAAGUAAGACGAAGAGGAAAAUUUCACGAGACGCAUGUCUCAUUAUUUGAACAAAUUUCCAAUUCUUGUCUUGAAGUAUACGAUAUUUUGUACCACAAUUAUUUUAAUGUUGCACUUGUCUGUAUUUCGAAUCGACGUCGGCCUUUGUAUUCUUAUUAAACUGU